AUGGUACUGAUGCCGUAUUGUCGCACAUGCGCAUACAACCGGUCCCAUAUCGCAACACUGCCGCAAGUGUCUAGAUACAGUCGCCAGGCCGUCGAUAGCAGGCGGUUGGAGAAGGAACAGGCGCCGCAAGUUCACUUCAAGGGCAUCAUCCAAAAUGUGAUGACAUCGAACGGCACGAGAACAAUGGUCUUGGAGUUUUUUCCGUCGAAGACGUCGGACAUUCCCAUGCUCACUCAGUUCGGCAACGUCUCCUUUGACCACGAGAAGAUUCUUGAGGGUCGUGUCUUGAUCGUCGUGUCGAAUGACGUGUGCGUAAGUAAUUCGUGCAACCUCAACGGCAUGUGUCACGUUACGUGGAACGACUUCUGGUGUCAAUGUCCGCGCUGCUACACCAGUAAGACUUGUCAGGAAAUAGAGUUCUGCCAGCUGCAGGACUGCCUGGCAGGCUCGCGCUGCCAGAACUUUGACGACUGUUACGAAUGCAUCGCCAACGCGAUCUUCGACAUCAUCGAGAUCUCGUACAGAUCCAACACCGACGGUACGCUGCUUCACGUGGCAUCGCACGUAGGCAAUCAACAUUUCACCGUGUCUGUCUUCAAAGACAAUGUCACCGUGUCUUGGCAGCUCGAUUUGGAAAACCAGGGCACUGUAUCCUUCGGCAAAGUCCAGCCCGAAGGGCAGCCCCGUUCAAGCGCCCACUUCAACUACCAGCUGUGGCACGAUCUCCUGGUAACAGGAAUAGUCACUCUCGGUGGACUUUCCAGUGCCUUGUCCGACAAGCACACUUACGUCACUGUCGGGUUGAAACACGAUAGAAGAGACGGAAUCGAGGGGAACAGUGUGGAUUAUGGUGAACAUAGACUGACAACUGCUAUCCCAUCGCAUAGUAUGAUGUCCGGAGAGCCAUUCAAGGGCUGUCUAGGCAAAGUGCGCAUCGGCAGCAUACUGCUGCACUACUUCACGAAUGAAGAAGUGUAUCAAAAUGCGAAUUUUACGCUGCUAGAGUUUCUGACGUUGCAAAGCAACGGCAAUGCCACUCACCUCGACAGUAUCGGCUGUAUGGUGUGCUUUUAUACGAACUGCAAAAAACGAUAGCUACUGCUUCGAUAAAGCAAACAACUACAUAUGCGAAUGUCCAGCCAGCUAUGCCGAGAAUGACUGCUCCUUUAACAUCGACGAGUGCAUCGACAAGUGUCGGAACGGAGCGACAUGCGUCGACGGCAUCGCGAAUUACAUUUGCAUCUGCGACAGCGGCUGGCAAGGAUGGCUAUGACAACGAUAUCAACGAGUGCGUGACGCUGAAUUUUUGCAAACACGAAGGCGUGUGCGUGAUUGUGCCGGGCUCAUUUCGCUGCGAG